AUGUCAGGAGGAAAAAAUAUGUCGCAAUAUUCAUUUCUUGAAGAUAUAUUUCCUACAUGCGCUGAUGAUUAUAAUUCAGCUACUACAAAUGGGGUUUCUGAAAGUUUGGAUGAAAGAUUCACUAGUAUGUGUAAACAAAUCCGUGAUUCUAUAGUGCCUAAUGAAUUAAGUGAGAGUGAAAAAAAAUUAUUUGAUUUAGGUUGCCUUGAUAUUUUAGUCUAUUUAGAUCGUAUCAAAAAUAUAAUUACUGAACAGGGUGAUACAGAAACUUAUGUUAAUUUAAGUUGUAAUUAUUUCUUUUACAAACUGAAAUUUCUUAUGAAUUCAUGUAAACUUAAAUGUAGCACAAUAAACACUUGUUAUGAAGAAAUGAGAAAAAUUAUGAAUGGUAAACCUGAUUAUGAACAUGCUUUUGAUGUAUGUGUGAAUAAAGAUAUAUACCAGGGAAUCCUUAAUGAAAAUAUAUUUGGAAUGAUGACAUAUAUUGAUUUUGCAUUUUAUUCACUUUAUCUUUUAAAAAGAAAAACAGAAUAUAGUAACAUACAGAAGGCAACGCAUUUAAGUAAUAUUAAGACACUUUUAUCAAAAUUUAAAAGAGAUGGUAAUGUUUCCAGUUCGAUUAUUCAAAUGAUACAGCUUGAUUACGAUAGAAUUAUCCAGGAAACGAGAACACAAUUGGAUAAUACAGAUUAUCAAAUAUCUCAGAAUAUGUACGGCACAAAAUCAGUACAAGUCAUGGGAAAUGAAUUACCAGAAAUGAUAGUAAUUGAGGAGGAUAAUGCCAUAAGUAAAGAAAUAAUUACAACAUUAAUUGUUUCAAUAUUUGCAAUAAUGAUAAUUAUAUUCAUAGGAUAUAAGUACAGAGCUCACAUACCAUUUUUAAAACAAAAAGCAAAGAAUAUAAUGAAGAUGAAGAAUAAACAAAAUGAGAAUAUUAACUCAUUUGCUACACUUGAAGGAAUAUACAAUUAUUCAAUUGAUAAUAAAUAUAGUCUAUCAUAUAGCUUAUAA